UAGGCCUUCAGCCAUAUAAGCUCCUGUGUGAAAGUAAAAUACAGUCAUGUCUCAGUCUAAGCGUUAAAAGAUGGAUUUCCUCACCAACAGAGAAGCGUGAGGGUUAUCAGAUGUGAUGGGUGGCCGAUGUCCUGAGGGUCAGUUCAAAGACUCACUGCUCAGAAAGUGUGCCCACUGUAACCUGAUUUGUCAGCAAAAACCUGUGGUCAACAAAUGCAGCAGUUUCUGUGAGUCGGCUCAGUGCCGUCAGCGACCCGGUCACUACUACGAUGGUCUGUUGAAGAAGUGCGUGAAAUGUGCUGAGGUUUGUGGCAGACACCCUGCACAAUGUUCCGACCACUGUGUCACUCCAGGUCCAGCCACAUCACCUCUUCUGACCUCAAAACCACUUAGAGUGACCUCACACCUGCCCACCUCCUCAGACCUCUCCACACCUGUGCUGGCUGAAAGCCCCACUCUCCUGCUCUACUCUCUGCUGGCUCUGAGUCUGCUGCUCCUCUUCUCCAGCCUGUCAAUAGCCCUGACUGUUAUCCUGAGAAGAUACAGAACCAAGGCUUCACAUCUAGCAGUAAAGACGGUGAAACAGAACCACAGGCGUCACAAACAACACGGUGAAGAGGUCGGAAGGUCACCCGGUAAAGCGAUCCAAACAUCUAGAGCAGAUACUGCUGCAGCGUCAGACCUUUAUGCCGACAGUGAGCCACUGAGUGAAUCCAGCCCCACAGAGACAUGUGUGUGUGUCCACUGCUUCCCUGACCUGAAAGCACUAGGUCAAGGCCACGACAGACCACCGAGAACUCAAUCAUCUCUGUACGAGAAGAACAAGCCUCUGUGGAGAAAUGAAAGCCUUCACACCUCUGAAAACCAAGACCUGGGAGGAGGAGAUGGAACCGAGAUGAACUCUAUUUGUUCUCUUAAAAACAUCAGUGUCUUUCACAAAGAAUGGAAAGCAUAAAAAAGGCUUUGUUCAGACAGGCUCUUCGUUACUGCGGACCACUGUAGUUAUCAGAAUAACUUCAAACACAGUCAAUAGCUUUGCUGCUACAAACGUGGCCUACAAAAGUUUUUCAUUUGCACCUUCAUCUAGCUUUGGAUAACUUAUGGCUAAUGUUUAGCUAAUUUCACUUUUUAUAUAUUUCUAGCUAACAUCUUUGUCUUUGCUUUUGUUUUUGUAGCCAACUUUCGGCGACUCCUAAGCUAAAUUAUCUUGGCUACCAUUCGGACCAAUGAUUAGUUUAUACAUAUUCAUUCAAAUAUUACAAAAUAUACACACAAAAAUGUAUUGGAAUUCAAAAGCCUUCAAAGAUCCCACUCACUGGGACUUACUUUUUACUCUCACAAAUGUAAAGCUAUGUCUGGGCUAGCUGUUAGCCCAGACAUAGCUCAAGCUUUUGUUUCUUUAACCCUUUCUUUAGAACAAUAGAAUAGUCUUAUAGUAAUAGUCUUUAUUGUCAUUGUAACACCGGGGCACAACCACAUUGAUCAAACUGGUUACUAUUUUAAUCCAUUUAUUUACCGUUUGUCAGUUCCUGGAAAACCUUUAUUGAUAGUAGCUAAUUUGUUAUACUUUUUGCUAACUUUUAGAAAUGUCUGAGGUACCAUUUUAGAGACGUAUCUUUUUUAUUACAAUUUUAUAGCACCUAUCUAGUGUGUACCCCUAUCACACCCACGAUGGUGUGGUUCACAAACCUUUGAAAUAAAACAACAGAAACCUUUA